AUUCUAAGUAAUUAAUCGAUGAAAGAUAAUACAUAAAUAGAUGAUAAAGUAAACAAGUAUCUAUUACUUCUGAUUAAUUCUUUGUUCCUGUUUUUCUUUUUCGUUUCUUUUUUUUUCUUCGACAGAUUAGAUAAGUACUAUACUAUAUCAAAAACCUAAACGACGAUGUAUUAGUAUCGGAUCUGUGUGAUCCGUAUGAGAAAAUGUAGUGGUCGUAAAGGUAGAGAUAUAUACGUAGAAUUGUUUAGAAGGCCUCACGUAUCGUCGCUGAGCGUUGGAUUUCGUUUGGCUGAGAAAUCGGUGCUGCUACCCUUAAAGAAAAGAGAGAGAGAGAGAACGAAAUAGAGAAAGAGUGAGAGUAACAGAGAAAGAGAAAAGAGGCGGGACUCCGCCUUUCGGUGAGAGGGCCAAAAGAACGAUGCCAAGUUGAGGCGUCAGAAGGAAACUUGGCUUUCUAGUACGCGUGGGUGUCCAUGUAGGAGGUUCUUCGAGAAACCCCUCCUUUCACGUGGCACCUCCGCCCGUAGCUCUUUCAGCUCUUCUCUUGGACGAUUCGAGAGAGGGAAAGAGAAAGAAAGAGAGAAAGAAAAAGAGGGAGGAAGAGGGAGAGGAGAGAGAGAAUGAUGUUCCGAUGAUAAGAUCACUAGCGGGGGUAGUUGCCGGCAGAGAGUCCUUUCUGAAUCAUCAUCCGAUUUCAUCGUCCGAGAUUUUCUUUCUCUCUCUCUUUCUCUCUCUCUCUCUCUCUCUCUCUCUCUCUCUCUUUCUCUCUCUCUUCCUCUAGAAAUCCUUCCUUGUCAGCAAACGUUCUUCGAGGCGAGGACAAGUCCCGUUGACGAUCGGUCGGUCGGCAAGUUUUGAGAUCAUUAUUUCUGCCUUGGUACCCCUCUUCUUGUGAUACGCCUAGCUGUCAACGACUCCAAUACGAAAUUCGGUCAAAUUCUGUGACUUAGAACGGAAAACGGAGAAUACUAAGUCGACUUCUUCGUCUUCAUCAUCAUCAUCAUCAUCAUCAUCAUCAUCGUCGUCGUCGUCGUCGUCGUCGUCUUCUUCUUCUUCUUCUUCUUCUUCUUCGUCUCCUUCUUCCUCAUCGUCGUCGUCGUCAUCAUCCUCAUCAUCAUCUACUACUACAUCCUUUUCUUCAACUUCUUUUUAAUUCUCAUGUGUCUUCGCAAAUAUAAACAUUAAAAAGAAACGAAAAAAAAGAAAAGAAAAAAGAGUUGUCGAUAUCCGGAAAAAUCAUGUCGAAUUGAUUCGAAGUGUUGUUUUAAAGUGUCACGCAUAUCGCACAUCACGCACCGCACAUUGGAAAUACAUAAAUACAUAUUGAUAAAGAAAAGGAAAAGUGUUCGAAAAGAUAUCAUUUCAAAGUUCAAAUAUAUCGUGAUUUGUUCGAUGUGUCCUUCGAGUAUAAGUUAAUUAUGCAAGAGCAGCAAGAAGAACGACGUGAUAUUGGUGGUGCCGAUUGCUGCUACCAACAACAAUGGCCGACGCAACAGCAACAUCAUCAACAAUUAUCGAUGGUACCAUCGCCGAUGCAACAAAUGGAAGCGUGCCUACAAAGCGCAGGAAGAGUAAAACGAUCCCGAAGUCCGAAUUUAAGUAAGUCGUCUUUGGCGUCGCACGCUUCGAAUCCGCCGGCAGUAGCCGUGGUAGCAACAUCGUCGUCGUCAUCUUCGUCGUCCUCCUCUUCCGCAGACGUUCGAAACGACAGGAACAAUAAUAAUCGACAUCACGGCGACCAUCAUAAUAAUCAUAAUAAUAAUAAUAAUCAUCAUCAUCAUCACCAUCAUCAUCACAGUCAUCAUCGACGUAGAAGCGACGAGGGUACGGAAGAGAUCGGUUCAUCGAAGAGACCACUUCAUCCAGCACUUGCUGGAGCUGGGGCAGCACUCGAAGCUAAACCACUUUGGGAAGAAUUUCAUCAAUUGGGAACGGAAAUGAUCGUGACCAAAGCUGGAAGAAGAAUGUUUCCUACAUUUCAGUGUCGACUCUUUGGUUUGGAUCCAAAUACGGAGUAUCUUCUGGUGAUGGAUUUUGUCCCGUGCGACGACAAGAGAUAUAGAUAUGCAUUUCACAGCAGCGCCUGGGUAGUCGCUGGUAGGGCCGAUCCAGUAUCACCACCAAGGAUUCACAUGCAUCCUGACAGUCCUGCCAGUGGAGCCCAUUGGAUGAAGCAACCGGUCUCUUUUGACAAACUCAAGCUCACUAAUAAUCAACUCGAUGACAACGGCCAUAUCAUCUUGAAUUCGAUGCACCGAUAUCAACCAAGAUGUCACGUGGUAGUCGCACCCUCCCCACCAGGUUCAGCGCCAGAUCCAAGGACGGAGAACUUCAAGACAUUUUCCUUCCCAGAGACCAGAUUCACCGCGGUAACGGCUUAUCAAAAUCAUCGUAUCACUCAAUUGAAAAUCGCUAGCAAUCCGUUCGCUAAGGGAUUUCGAGAUUGCGAAUCCGAUGAUUGCGAAACCGUAGCGGUGUCUUCGGCAAUACAAAAUCCCGCGAAAAGAUCGGCACCGAGUAGUACGAGCAACGUAAACGCAAACGCCAAUGUCCUUACCGCGAGCGGAUAUCCGAACGCUAUAAUAUCUCAGGGAAUGCAAAUACCUGGCUUGUCGAGUCAAGAACAUCAUCAUCAGUUUUACGCGACUGCCACCCCUGGACCUUGGUCCACUUAUCCUCCUCCUCCCCCACCCCCACCACCACCUCAUCCGCAUCAUCAUGGACAAUCCAACCCUCACGUCAACUCUCUUCAUUAUCCUCAUCCUCAUCCUCAUUCUCAUCCUCAUCAUACCCAUCCUGGUACCUCUCUUUAUGGACCACGAUAAUCCUUUAUAAUCGUAUCUAUCUAUCUAUCUAUCUAUCUAUCUAUCUAUCUAUGUAUCUAUCUAUCUCUCUAUCUAUCUAUCUAUGUAUAUACAUAAACGUGAUCGCGUCGAUGAUACGCGUCUAAACCAAAGCGAUUAAAACAACGUACAUAUUUAAUGUUAAGAUUGCCAGAUUAUAUCGUGGAUAUAAACUUAAUAUGUAUUUUGUAGAGAUUUUAUCUUAUUUAUAUUAAACGUUAGAUAUAUUUUCCAAUGACGAAUUAGUUUUGAAAAGAUUUGAUAUUAUCUCAAAGAUAUAUAUAUAUAUAUAUAUAUAUAUAUAUAUUUAUAUACAUAAAUACAUAUGUAUCUUAAGAUUCGUAUUAAAAUGUUAGCCAUUUCGAUCGUAGGUUCGACGUAACGUCGUCCAAGAAGGAAAGUGCCUUUUGUAGGAGCAAAGUGCGUCUAUUUAUACGAGGUAUCUCAAAUGCCGAACGAGCCUAAAACGCUCUCUUGAGCCAAGACGGGAAUGUAAACGCUCCGUGACAACCCAUGAGAGUGCGGGACCGUUAAGUGCCUUAAUAAAUUAUGCCAUGAGUAUCGUGCCAUUGUACUUUUAGGUUUAGAGAGAAAUUACGUUCUCAUCUAAUACAAAAGAAUUUCAAUGCGUUAUCGUUCGGUAUUUACUAUAAAAAAUGCGACUUUCCUUUACGUAGGUAUCUACUAGUCUACUUUUUGUCCAAAAAAAAAAAAGAAGCAAAAAUACAAUGAGUUUCGAUAUAA